AUGGCUACUUCUCGCCAGAAUACUUACGUUCGAAUUCCAUAUCCAGAAGGUGGCACUCCGAAUAUUGGAGAUUUGGUUGAAUUAGUCUUCGAUAAAUUCAGUCCACGACCACAUUUUAUUGUACGACAAACAGAAGGAAAUGUCGACAGGAAUAUAAAAGUAAAUGAAAUCGAUGAAACAAUGCUUCUUGUAAUAAAGUUUUUAAAAAACAGGCCGAAAUAUGACCAACAAGCUGUACGUAUUAUUAAGUUUGCUUUAAGAGAAAGCUUGCGUGGGCAAUAUAUUAUUGAAUAUCUUGAUUUUGAAAAGCAAGCAUUAUAGUUUCUGCUACGUUUUCAAGAGUCGAAUUUUUUAAUGAGUUGAGGUUGGGAAGAAACCCAGUGAGAUCAUCGAUAUUUUUUUUUGUUUCAACAACAUUUAAAAGAGAAGCACCUGCUCAUUUGUCUAAAUACGAUGCUGAAAAAAUUUCAUAUAUGUCAAAAAAUUCUACAUCUUUCGAUAUAGUUUUCAAAGCUCUACCAGAAAUAUCUGUAAGAAAUGUUUUUCGAAGUAAAAGUUCAGUUUUUUAGAACUAAACUGAACUGUUCGACCCCGAAUUAGUAUAUCCAUUACCUCAAAAAAGUUAUUCAAUUGUUGCAAAAAAAUGUUUUGAAUGACUGUAUGUUUUUUUUAUUAGAUUUUAUCAUUUCAUCGUGGUGACUGGUAAGCAUAAUGUUAUUGAAAAUCUACUAUCGUUGCAUUUCUCGCACUAGGUAUCAAGAACAUGGCACC